AUGCUCAGCCUCCCCAGACCAACCUCUUUUCGGGGUCUCAUCUUCCUUGUUGCUGCUUACGACCUCCUGCUCAAGCGUGUCACGACCUAUAUCCUUCCAUGGAUGGCCACAAACACCGCCCUGCCUGAUAGCCUCUCGCUCUGGGCUCCGGGCUCUCACCAGACAUUCACCCACCACGCCUUUCUCUGCCUCAGUCUCAACUUUGCUGUCUGGCUCUACGACCCCGUGACGGAAUUCGAGCGGGAAGACACCGCCAUCGACACCAACGACGACAUCGACCGCGGCUACGACGCAGACACCGAGUCUUGCUAUGACGGGCAGGGAAGCGAAGAAGAAGAAGAAGACCGCUGCCCCGACAAUGUCACGCGUGUCACGGACGUCAACGUCAACGUCAACGCAAUGGAAACACCCCAGCAGCAUCCCGACUACUUUUGCUCCCGUCGGAUCGACCACCUCGGGCGGCGCAAUGCCUGGGAUUGGACCAACAUCCCGACACAUCCGGUAAAUGAUGAUGGACAUCAAAAGCACUGA